AUGUCUGCGGCAGCGGGAGCGGUGGGAGCGGAUGCCGUGCGGCGCGGAGUGGUCAAGGUGGCGGCGGCGCAGAUGUGCUCGACGGGCAAGGUGGCCGAGAACAUGGCGGCGAUUCGGCGGCUGGUGGCGAGGGCAGUCGAAGCUGGAGCGAGCAUGCUGUUCCUGCCCGAAUGCGCCCUGUUUAUCGGCUCGUCUGCGGCCGAGACCAAGGCUGCUGCGGUGGCGAUCGACGGGGCCGAGGUGGCCGAGCUGGCUACCGUGGCUGCCGACGCCGGGCUGUGGCUCUCGGUCGGCGGCGUCCACACCCGGGUGGCCGACUCGGAGGAAGGCAAGGUCCACAACAGCCACCUUGUGUUUGACAGUUUUGGCAUGGGCUCUCCGUUGGCGGUCUACCACAAGGCGCACCUGUUUGACGUCGAUCUGCCGUCGGGCAUCCAGUUGCACGAGUCGCGGGCGACCGAGGCCGGAAACAAGGUGGUGGUGGUGGGAGAGACACCAGUGGGCGGCUUGGGCCUUGGCAUCUGCUACGACAUGCGGUUUCCGGGUCUAUUUGCAGCGAUGCGUGCCGCAGGCGCCGAUGUGGUCACGGCGCCGUCGGCGUUCACGGUUCCGACCGGCGAGGCGCACUGGCACGUCCUCCUCCGGGCCCGUGCCAUCGAGAGCCAGUGCUACAUGAUUGCGGCGGCACAGGUUGGCAAGCACAACGCAAAACGCGAGUCAUACGGCCACACACUCAUUGUCGACCCGUGGGGCAAGAUCGUGGCCGAGGCAGCAGACUCGGUGGUUGAAGACAUUGUGGUGGCUGACAUUGAUCUGGACUACCUCGACUCUGUCCGUGCCUCUAUGCCUGUCUUUGACCAUCUCCGACCCGAACUGUACCAGAUGUAGCGAUGGGCGGGGUUAAACUGCUGGCGAAGCGUG